AUGACUGUAUCUGAAAAUCCAUUUCGCCAACGCAUCUGCAAAGUCUUCUCGCAUGACGGCAGCGGUAACAUGACGUUCGAUGACUUUUUGGACAUGCUCUCCUGUUUCAGCGAACAGGCACCCAGAGACGUAAAAGUGGUGUAUGCUUUUAGAGUGUACGAUUAUGAUGGCGACAAGUUCAUAGGAGCAGACGACAUUAAACAAGCGACUGUUGCACUAACUCGCAAUGAGUUAAACGCAGAGGAUGUUGGAAUAGUGGUGGAGAAAGUUCUAGAAGAAGGAGAUAACGACGAUGACGGUAAACUUUCCUUUAUGGAGUUCCAAAGCAUCAUAUCAAAAGCACCAGACUUUUUAAGCACAUUUCACAUCCGCAUCUGAUAUAACGUAACAUUAUGAAGCAAGCAUCAGAAACUGAAGAACAAAAAUGGAUUUACUAA